GGCCGCAUGGGGAGCUUUGUGAUGACGGCGACGGAGCGGAGAUCGGACUAUGUACAUUUAGUGCAAGCAUGGAUGGCAUCUUCAGAAGUCUCUUCCCCAUGGAUCGAAAGGAACUAAAUCCUGGUGAAAACCAGGUUCCUGGCAGGAGCCUUGUACUUGUGAACCAUAACAAUAACCAUAACGAUAACAAUAACCAUAACUAUGAGCCUGAGAACCAUGAGCAUGAGAACCAUGAACAUGAGAACCAUGGACAUGAGAAACAUGAACUUGAGAACCAUGAACUUGAGAACCAUGAACUUGAGAACCAUGGACUUAAGAACCUUGAACUUGAGAACCAUGAACUUGAGAACUAUAAACUUGAGAACCAUGAACCUGAGAAGCAUGAACCUCAGAACCAUGACUUUGAGAACUAUGAACUUGAGAACUAUGAACUUGAGAACCAUGAACUUGAGAACAAAUGCUUGGAUGAGUCAGGUUCUGGGAUGAAGCAGGUUUUGAGAACAAACCAAGAACAAAACUUGAGAACAAACAAUGAACAAAACUUGAGAGCAAAUCAACUUGAGGAAAAUAGAUGCGACAAAACAUUGAGCAUAAAAGCAAAGCAGAGAAAAUGCUGUGAUGAAACUGAGGUGAUGAAAUGUUAUUAUUUACAGAUUGUGAAACCUAAGAAGAUACUCUUGAAGAAGGCACAGGAAGAACAUGACAGAAAGAUGCGACAGGAUAGACGGGAAAGAAUUUAACCAUGUAUGAGCAAACAUUGAUGGAUGGCUUGGGAGAAGACAUGAUGAAACAGUCUGUUGAGGAGAAUUCUGACAAACAAGAGAGUACUGAAGAGAUCAUAAUGGUUUGCAAGCAAGUGAAGGAAGCAGUUUGAUGAAAAGUGCAGCAACAUGGGAAGAUGUUUACAG